AGUCUGGAUUAGUCUGGUUAAUGGAUUAGGGCUCAGAUAAUCUGCAGCUGGUUGUUCAGUCAACAUGUCCAUCUGCAUGAAGGUCGUCCUCUCAGCAGUUCUCCGGCUCACGGUGGUCUGGGUUUCAGCCUUCGUGGAUGAGCUUGACAACUCCUUUGUGAAGACACGAACAGCGGAUAAUAUCUGGCUCAUCAACUUCUACGCCCCCUGGUGUUCAUUCUGUAAACAGCUGGAUCCAGUGUGGCAUCAGAUCGGGUUGGAGCUGAGGAGUUCGGGUUCUCUGGUCUAUGUGGGUAAAAUUGAUGCCACCAUCAACACUGGUGAGCUCCACGUCAUAAAUUAUACAUCUGUCUGGGAUAUGAACCGACAACCUUAUGAACAGUGUUGGUUCUACACUGAAUUACUCCCUGGGUGA